AGGUGUUUUCUUUUAUCGAUAAAUCCGCGGUCGCACUGAUGCUUUUGCAAAUAAACGAAAAUGACUGAAUUCCAAUGGCCCUGGGAGUACACAUUCCCACCGUUCUUCACUUUACAGCCCCACGAAGAAACCAGACAGCAGCAGCUGAAGGUCUGGACGGAUCUCUUUCUCAAAUACCUCAAGCAUACGAAUAAGUUUUCACUCAGCAUCAACGAACAGAGCUUGCCACUAUUCCACAAUGAGUCAAUUCAGCGCCGCCUUUCCCCUGAGCUCAUUCUGGUGAUACUGGAGGAACUGCAACGGACUGGGCAUGCAGCUGCCUUGGACAAACGCCGCCAGGAGUGGCAAGUGUAUUGGUACACACUGGAGGAGUAUGGGAAUAUGGUGUACGAUUGGAUACAAGAGACAGGUCAGACCAACAGCAUUUGCACACUGUACGAAAUAGCUUCUGGCGAGAGCUCCACUCAGAUGGAUUUUCAUGGCGUAGACGAGUCAGUGCUCCUGAGUGCACUACGACUGCUGGAAGAGAAGGGCCGAUGUGAACUAAUUGAGAUGGAUGGCAGCCACGGUGUCAAAUUCUUCUAAAUGAUUUUGUUGCUUGGUAAAUGUGCAUUCUCUCCA